GAUCAAGCAGGGUGUACUUCACCUACUGAAGAUCUAGAAGCUGCUAUAUUACAAAUUUUACGAGCUAGCAAGGAUUUAAAACAAGAGCUUCAGGAUGCUGCUCUAGAUCAAGCUCAAGAAUUGGUGAAGCUGUUUGAUGAAGUGCAUAUUUUAAGUUAUCUUAAAACUUCUGCUAUUGCUGGUGACAAAGAUAAACUGGAAGAAUUUUCUGAGAAGUUCUCGGAAUAUGCUGAACACGUGCAAGAUGCGUGUAAAUUGCUGCAUCAUGUUGCCAGCACAGAAUCUUUACAAGUUACUUCAAAGCACACCGAAACUUGCCUGAAAGUCUUUGUAACCCAGGUACUGAAUGCUUGCCGAACAGUGUCGGUGCAUCCAUUAUGUGAAAUAUCUAAGGAGAAUCUGGAUGUGUUUUUAGAAAUGUGGAAUUUACUGACACAAGAUGUUUUGUCUAUGUACAAAGAAAUAAGUGAGCUUUGUAAUCGUGAUGUUCGUUACAAAACUGCGUACAUGUCUUUGCCAAGGCCAGGUAAACAUGGCACUACUAGCAAACAGUUGAAGCCUUCUAAGCUUGAUGUAGAAGAGCAAGCAAAAAUUGCUAAAUUAGGUCUUGAAAUGAAACUAUUAACAUCUGAAAUAGAUGCAGAAACAGAAAGAUGGCCUUCAUCUGAAAAUGAUCUUUGCAAAAGAGCACGCAGCAUGUCUCAGAUGGCAUUUUCCAUGUAUCAGUUUACUCGAGGAGAAGGUGACCUUAAAACAACUCAGGAUCUUUUUACGCAGGCAGAAUUUUUUGCAGAGGAGGCAAAUAAGUUAUAUAAAUUGGUCCGUCAGUUUUCAUAUCAGGUUCCAGGGGGCCAGCAAAAAAAUGAAUUGCUUGAACUUCUUGAUAAAGUUCCUACUUUUGUGCAGCAACUUCAAUUCACAGUAAAAAAUCCUACUGUUGGAAAAGCAGCAACAUUUACUAAGGUUGAUAAUGUUAUUCAAGAGACCAAAAACUUAAUGAAUGUUAUUUCGAAAGUAGUGACAACAUGUCUCUAUUGUGCUACUAAGUUUUCUAUUGAUUUUCAUAAUGUGUUGAGUAAAACACACACUGUUUCCCCAUACCAAAAUGAUUUAGAAGACUACAUAUUUGAAAGACCUAGUGGAACAAGUAAUGUUCCUUCAACUGAUUCUGGACCAGAUACAUCAAAGGCCAACAUCUGACAUUAUGGUCUUGGUCCCCAAAGGUCGAGGGACCCUCGUCGUACUAGAGUAUCAUUUUUACUUUACUAACUGUCGGGUAAUGACUAAGUAUAACUAAAAUGUUUUAUAAAAUUUUGUGAUUGUAUGAAUGUGUCAUUUUUGUAUCCACUUUUGGUCAGUGAUGAAAGAUUGUGAAAUUUAGUCAUUUUGAAAUCCAAAGAAAUUUUGCGUAUUUGGCAAAAAAAUGUGCAAUAGAACUGUGCCAUGUGAAAUACUUAUUCAUUAUUUAUGUGUGUAACGUUUUCUAUAUUGUUAUAAGUAAUGCUGCCUGGCAGCCUAUGAAUGGCAUUUAUAAUUUUAAGAAAGUUCUUUGUAACCUUAGUAAUGUUUGUGACUUUCAUAUUCAUUGUACAAGUACCUUACUUUCAUAGGUUAAUUUGUUGUCCUUCGCUGGACUUUUUAAAAAUAAUUAUGUACUGUGUUUGUUUUAUAAACACACAAACACAGGCAUCCAUACAUACAUAUAUAUAUGUAUUGAAAACCAAAGGUAGUAAUUUUAAUAUUUGUUUAGGAAAAUAUUUUUUGUAUUAUAAACAAAAAAUUUGACUGGCAAGCACAUCAUUGCUAUUGCUGGGACCCUUAUUGUACUAGAGUACCAUUAUUACUUCACUGGCUGUCAGGUAUUGGUUAAGUGUAAUUGUUUUAUAAAAUUUUAUCAUGGUAUGAAUGAGUCAUUUUUGCAUCCACUUUUCAUCAGUGAUGAGAUUGUAAAAUUUAAUCAUCACAAAAUUCCGAAAGAAAUUUUGCCGUAUUUG